CAAAAAUGGUGUCUGGUGUUGUGCUGAGCCACAGCGGAUGCCAAGUCUUACAGGCCUCGCUUCUCCUUCCUUUCGCAGGCAAUAAACCCCAGACGAGUUCUCUCAUUUGAUUGUUUCCUCUCCAGACGCGAACCUUCCUUCUUUUCAACCCAAAAUCACCGAUAAUAAAAGCCGCGUUCCCCGAUCUGUUCCGGUCUCCAAGAACCCGCCCACCUCUCCUGUCUCUCUUUCCCCGCGAAAUUUGUCUGCGAUUUCGUGGAGCAGUUCCGCGCCUUCUCGCCGGUCGCCGCUCUCCAGGAUGCGCAACCUCCUCUCGAAUUCGUUUGAGCUCAACAAGGAGGAACGGCCCCCGGGGAAUGUCGAUAUUGAGCUAGGUUUGCAAGGCGACCUGUCGGGUUCCGCACAGCCAGGUUUCGAUGGCUUCUAUGAACAGGUCAGGGAGAUUGAUAAGUUGCUUGAGACGUUGACAAAACUACUGAAGGAUCUUCAGAACUCAAACGAGGAAUCAAAAAUUGUCACUAAGGCAUCAGCUAUGAAAGAUAUCAAAAGGCGCAUGGAGAAGGAUGUUAAUGAAGUGACAAAGGUUGCACGGCUCACAAAAUCAAAACUUCAGCAAUUGAAUAAAGAGAAUCUUGCAAACAGAGAAAAGCCGGUCUUUCACAAGGGAUCAAGUGUGGACCGAUCUCGGACCUCAGUGACAAUGUAUACUCCUUCUGUCAUCCUCUUGCUUGUUUUUCUUUUCACUUCUAUUCUAGUUUUUGCAUUAUUGAUUCCACUUCAUAAUAAUCAUAUGUGCAGUACAUUGACUAUGAGGUUGAGAGAACGCAUAUCAGAGUUUCAGACACUAAGAGAAGCAAUCCAGACGGAGUACAGGGAAGUUGUAGAGCGGCGUGUUUUCACCGUAACGGGCGAGCGUGCUGAUGAAGAGACUAUUGACAAGCUGAUAGAAACAGGCGACAGUGAGCAAAUUUUUCAAAGAGCUAUUCAGGAACAAGGGCGUGGAAGGGUGCUCGACACACUCCAAGAGAUCCAGGAGCGGCAUGACAUGGUGAAAGAGAUCGAGACUAAGCUCCUUGAGCUGCAGCAGAUUUUCCUCGACUUGUCGGUACUGGUUGAGGCGCAAGGCGAGAUCCUGAACAACAUCGAAGUGCAGGUUACAGGUGCAGUGGAGCAUGUUCAGACUGGAACAAACCUCCUUCAGAAGGCGAGGGUCCUGCAAAAAAACACGCGGAAAUGGACCUGCAUAGCGAUCAUCAUCCUGCUGAUCAUCGUACUCGUCAUCGUCCUCUCGUUGAAACCGUGGGCAAAGAAGUAGGGAAAAAGGAGCAUCAUGCUAUGCUAGGACAAUAUACGAUAUUUCAUAUGAUGUUUAUUGUAUAGCUUUUGCUGUGUAUACGUCAAUGCCAUAUGGUGCCGGAGCCGUCAUGUAUAUUUCUCUGAUUAGUUUUUGGUGGGGUGUGAACUUUGUUCGAUUUUGUGGUUCGAAUAACAAAAUUCAGCUUGAUUA